AUGGGAACAAAUCAACCCGAGAGGGAGAGGAAUUCUGCCGUGACGUUGUCGAUGUUCUCUGAGUUAUAUCUCGAAAACUCGAAAACUCGAGAUCUCGAAAACGCCGAUCGGCCAACAUAUGAUUUACCAGUCCUCACUUCAAGAUUCGAGACUGGACCUCCAGCUCCGAUUCCAACCCCACCAGCUCCGAUUCAACCUCCACUAGCUACGAAUCCAACUCCACCAGCGCCGAUUCCAACUCCAUCAGAUCCGAUUCCAACUCCAUCAAGUUCGAUUCCAACUUCAUCAAGUUCGAUUCCAACUCCAUCAGCUCCGAUUCCGCUUCCAUCAGCUCCGAUUCAACCUCCAUCAGCUCCGAUUCCGCUUCCAUCAGCUCCGAUUACAACUCCAUCAGCUCCGAUUCCACCUCCACUAGCUCCGAUUCCAACUCCAUCAAGUCCGGCCUCAAGAGCUCUUGUUCCAACUGCUCCGAUUCCCUGA